CUGCUCUCGUCCCAUUGGCGCAGGUGAUCUGUCUCAGGAUGCGCGAGGAGAGCGGAGGAGAGGGGAAGAGAGAGGGGAAACCGCCGAUGGUGAAGGGUCCAGGGCUCGGUUAACGGGGAAACAAGGAUACCGGCCCAUCUCUGUUUGUCCUGGGCAGCUGGGCAAUGACAGACUCACCGAACGGGGGACUUUGAGAUAUGACGAGGCUUUUUUCUGGUUGGUUAUAGUACUAUGAUUUGGUAUGUGGCCACUUUGAUAGCAAGUGUAUUCAGCACCCGAGGAACGGCCGCUCAAGGUGCCCACGGUGUGCGAGAGGAGCCCCAGUUUGUGACGGCACGCGCAGGAGAGAGCGUCAUCUUGGGAUGCGACGUGCCUCACCCACUGAACGGAAAACCCUAUGUGGUGGAGUGGUUCAAGUAUGGAAUGCCAAUCCCUUUCUUCAUCAACUUUCGCUUCUAUCCUCCUCAUGUGGACCCAGAAUAUGCCGGUCGGGCCCGUCUGCACGGCAAGUCGUCCCUGCAGAUAGAGAACGUGCGUUCAGACGACCAAGGCUGGUACGAGUGUAAAGUGCUCAUGCUGGAGCAGCAGUAUGACACCUUCCACAACGGCAGCUGGGUGCAUCUAACUGUCAACGCCCCUCCCACAUUCACAGACACACCACCUCAGUAUGUCGAGGCCAAGGAACGGAGGAGCAUCACGUUGAGCUGCACGGCGUUCGGCAACCCAAAACCCUCUGUCAGCUGGCUGCGAGAAGGCAGGCUUCUGAUCAGCAGUGCCAAGUACAAGGUGUCUGAUGGGAAUUUGACGGUGCUAUCCAUCACCCGGGAAGAUCGCGGGGCCUACACGUGCCGAGCCUUUAGCUCCCAGGGAGAGGCCAUUCACACAACAAGGCUGCUAGUACAAGGCCCUCCGUUUAUUAUCUCACCACCAGAGAACAUAACGGUGAACAUCUCGCAGGAUGCCUUCUUCACCUGCCAGGCGGAAGCCUAUCCUCGCAACUUGACAUACACCUGGUUCUGGGAGGAGGACAACGUCUUCUUCAAGAAUGACCUCAAGCGGAGAGUCAGUAUUCUCAUUGACGGUUCCCUCAUCAUUGUGCAAGUCAAGCCCGAGGAUACUGGGAAAUACACCUGUUCCCCCAGCAACAGCCUAGGCACACCACCGUCUGCCUCUGCCUACCUAGCAGUGCAAUAUCCUGCCCGUGUGGUAAACAUGCCAUCUGUCAUUUAUGUGGCCAUUGGUCUCCCAGGCUUCAUCCGCUGCCCAGUAGAUGCCAACCCCCCUCUAACUCUGGUUAAGUGGAAAAAAGACGGUCUCCCUCUACGGAUAGACAAGUACCCUGGUUGGAGCCAGAUUGAUGAUGGGAGCAUCCGUGUUGCAGAGGUGACAGAGGAUUCUCUUGGCACCUACACCUGCAUGCCUUACAAUGCCCUGGGAUCCAUGGGAUGGUCUCCUCCUGCUCCCCUGGUGCUAAAGGACCCUCCAAAAUUCUCUGUGGUUCCUGGAGGGGAGUACAGGCAGGAGGCUGGAAGGGAACUUGUCAUCCCAUGUGAAGCAGAAGGAGAUCCUUUUCCGAAUAUCACAUGGAGGAAGGUGGGGAAGCCCAGUAAAAGCAAGCACAAUGUUCUGCCUCGGGGCAGCUUACAGCUGAAGUCGCUCAUGAAGGAUGACCACGGGGAGUGGGAGUGUGUCGCCACCAACGUUGCCACAAGCAUCACUGCCAGCACGCAUGUCCAAGUCAUAGGCACAAGCCCCCACGCGCCCACCAGAGUCCGCGUCGCAACCUCCUCCACCUGGGCCAACAUGUCCUGGGAGGCCAGCUACGACGGAGGCUUCCAGCAGACAUACUCAGUCUGGUACGGCCAUGUGCUGAAGAGGGAGCGUUUAGGUCCACACGACUGGGUUUCCAUACCGGUACCUGGAGGCCAGGACUGGAUGGUGGUGCCGGGCUUGGAGCCAGAGACAACGUACCAGUUUAGUGUCCUGGCCCAAAAUAAGCUUGGCACAGGCCCCUUCAGCGAGGUCGUCACUGUGAACACUCUAGUAUUUCCUACAAGUACCCCUGAACCAUUGGUGCUGCUUACCCCACCACGGUGCCUCACAGCCAAUCGCACGCAGCAGGGAGUCCUGCUCACCUGGAUCCCACCUGCCAAUCACACAGCACCUAUCCAGCAUUAUGUAAUGGAGUUCCGUCUGGGGGAACGAUGGGAGAUCUUGGAUGACAGCAUUCCUGCAGGAGAGUUGGAGCUGCUCGCCCGAGACCUUAUCCAGGAGGCCUGGUACGAGUUUCGCGUCAUGGCCGUCAUGGACGACAUGGUCAGCGAGCCCAGUAACGUAGUGGGAGUGUCCAGCACAGAUUUCUUCCCCCCUCCAGAGAUGGUGGAGGAGCGUGGACUGACGCGGCCUGUGGUGGCUGGCAUCGUGGCCACCAUCUGCUUCCUGGCUGCAGCCGUCCUCUUCAGUACAAUGGCUGCCUGCUUUGUCAACAAGCAGCGCCGGAAGAAGCUCAAGAAGAAAAAAGAUCCCCCUCUGUCCAUAACCCACCUCAGAAAAAGCAUGCAAACACCGUCAUCUUCAGGAAAGGUGAGUCCGGAGAGCAUACGUUCAAAGGCAUCUGCAUCAGAAUCGUCCAAAGAGAGUCAUGACCAGCGUGGAAGGAAACCUCCUCCCAGUCCAGGAAGGAAAGAAGAGUUAUCCUUAUACAAGAAGACCAAAAGAGCAAUAACAAGCAAGAGGUACAUGUCCAAGCAUGAAGCUGAACCAACAACACCUAUUGAACUUAUCAGUCGAGGCCCAGAUGGACGAUUUGUCAUCGAUCCCACUGAUGCAAUGUCAGUCAAGCCCCGCCGUAUUGAGGGCUUCCCCUUUGUGGAAGAAUCAGACCUUUACCCAGAAUUUCGGCAAUCGGAUGAAGAGAAUGACGAUCCCAGGCCUCUUCCACCAGUUAUGGCACCACUUCGGCCUCACCAGAUUUCCCCAAUCUCCAGUCAGGAAUCUUACCUCCAGCCUCCAGCCUACAGUCCUCGUUUUCACAGGCCUUUUGAAGGUAUGACCAUCAUGGAGAGCAGUCAGCUCCAUGCCACGGGACAGAUCCGAGGCUCUCUCCACCAUAGAGCUUUCUAUGGCUAUCUAGGACCAGAUCACGAUCCCCCACCUCCUUUCUACAUGCCUGAUACCAGCCCUCUGAGGUCGGUCAUGUCCUCGCCUCCAUACUUUGCAGAGGGUCCUUUUGCACACCACAUGAUUCCUGAAGAAAUCGGAGAGAGUGAAUUUCCACAAUACGCUGUGUCCGGCUUCCCACUCCCUCUGACACUGACCUCUUCCUCUCAUUCACCAGAGAUUUGGCAGGGACUAGAUUUUACCUUUUCAAGUCUGGAGCGGCCUCAAUUUAUUUUCCCUCCACACCACCUUUUGCAUACUCGCCAUGAUCCUCCCUACGCCUCUCCACCUCAUGUUCUUCCCCUUAGCUCUUUCCAGCACUCUUCUCUUCCAAUGCCUACCUACCCAACAGUCCUGCCACUUGAGGCCCCAAGUGGCAGGAUGUCAAAGAGUCAUAAAAGCAAGUCUCCCAGCAAGGCCAGGCCUCAUGGCUCCCCAGCCAGGCAUUUAGCUAUGCAAGAGGGACAUUUAGGGCAGCUAAGACCUUCAGGCCAUAGUAUGGGUGUGCCAGUUUUGUCUUAUACUGAUCCAAUGGCUCAUAUCGUCCCCAGCAAAUUCAGUAAUCUGGAUACACGAUGGUUUGAAACCACCCCUGGUUUUAGUCCCAGACAGACUCGUAGGAUGGAUUCUGGCUUGCAUCAGGUGGUUCUUCAACCCUCUCGACUUUCACCCCUUACCCAAAGCCCCCUUAGCUCUCAAGAGGGCUCCCCAGAGAUUGUAGUGCGCCCACACCCACGUCCGAGCAUUGUGCAACCUCCCAUACCCCCAGGGAUGUCUGAGAUUACCCUGCUUCCACCAUCCACAGCCAGCUUUUCAAGGAGAUCAUCCCCAUCCUCAUCACCUGCUCAAGGUCAGGGUAGCAGGAGAACAAGCCCCAGCUACCGUUCCCACAUGGCUUUUGCCACUGCUGCAACCAGUUACCCAGCUUCCCAGUCCCCAUCGCCCCCCAUGGAAAGCAGCAGCAUAUUUGGGCAAAUGCCAGCUCAUAGGAGGACUGAGGAGGAGAUCCUUCCAUCUGAGCCCUCUCCACCCCAGUUGUCAGCUUCAGGAAAACGUCGAGGUGCGUCGAGAGCCCAUUUGGGGUUUGAGAGGAGUGAUGCACUGAGAUACCAGCGUGUUAGAAAGGCCAAGAAGAUGACGAUGAACAACAACAACUCAAAGACCAGAAAGAAAGCAGGUGUCUCCACCUCUCAGACCCAGCAGGCCUACACCUCUCAGGUACUCCAGCCCGAAGAAGCGCUCUACCUCUGCAAGAAGAAGAAACGGCCCAUUCUUCAUGAUCCGUAUGCUCGCUUUUCUGCUCUGCUGUACCGCCGUCCACCAAGGGAGGACCAGAAGGCCAUUUUAGCAAGCAUGGACAACAUGGACCUAGACCAUGCCACCUUCCUCUGAAAGGCCCCGGGGAUGAGAUCACAACCAGGGACAGGCUCCCAUUACCAUUCCAUCAAUACACUGCAGUAGCUGCGUUCCAGCUAGACAAGACAGCAAAGUCAGUGGAAUGUCUAUUUCCAUUAUCUACAAAAUGGAGACAACAGUACAUGUCAGAGUACAGAUUUAGUGCAAUCUGUAGGUUCACACUUGUUUUAUUGAAUUUGCAUUUAUCAUUGGCUUGCUGUUGACAAUAACCUAGAAUACUCUAGGAUAUAAACUGAACAAAGACUUCUAAAUUUAAACAUUUUCUAGUUAAAAAAAAAAGAAAAAUUAUAUUCUAGUACAAAUCAGUUUGUCUCAGUUUACUUUAACUAAGAGUAUAUGGAAGAGAAUCUAGAGUGAUCUCCCAGAUUGGAGUUGUAGCUGUAAGAUAGUUCCUGUGGAAAAAAGUCUGGACAAUUCGUUAAAAACUGUACUGCUAAGGACGCGCCGAGGCACAAACAUGUUCUGCAUCAUUUUAAAUCAGUUAGUACAUCCUUCUGAAAGUAACUUUACUGAUUUUGAGAUUCCAAUUGAACAUUUACUCCAGUGCAAAAGUCAAAAUUUUACAAACAAGUGGCGGGACUUUAGCUCUUAACACUGUUUUCCCCAAAGUUGUUCCAGAGUCCCCUUUAUUCCUUUAUCCAUUGGAGAGUCUAAAUGAUUCAUGCUAAGCUGAGCUGGGUCUGUUUCCCACUGACUCCAGUCUCCCUCCUUCUCUGUCCGUUUACAGGUCCUUCCAAUCAAUUCUCUGCCUCACAUAUAAGGAUGUUCUUACUUCCUACCAACUUUACCUCAGAGCACACGAGACCACACAACCACAAUCCAGCUCAGCUCUUUGACUUCUCCUGUCUAAAUAAGAAACACUCUUUCUUCACUAUUGCAAUGCUGAAAAUGUACCUUUCCUCUGUUUUUAAAGGGGCCAUAUAUUUCCUGUUCAGCUAAUCUACGUCAGAAAAUGCCGAAGCUAACCAGAAGCUGACAUUCUCAGCUUUUCUGCUCUGCUGUAAAUAAUCAGGACAAGAAAUUACUUGUUUUACGGAAUGUCAAAGAAACGGAAAAAAAAAUACAAAAAACCUUUAACUUAUUUCCUAGCUCUAAACUACACUCUUUAUUUGUUAUAAUCCAGUCCACUGGGAUGCAUUCAAAAGGCAAAUCAGUUGAGACAUGGCAUUUUCAACCAUCACGAUAGAAAUCGUUACGUUUAGCAGGAAGUUGUAUACAUGCUCCGUUUACAAGAGCUUCUGCUUAAACAAGUGCAACUUUUGUCGGACAGCUGUUUGCACUGGAGCAAAUUCUUAUCAGUUCCAUUACGUUUGAUUUUUCCUUUUCUUGCGCCACUGAGGGCUCCAAAUUCUGUUGAGAAACUCUUUGCCAAAAGUUUUAUUUAAAAUUUCAGUAGACAAUGCAGGAUAGGAUUUUGUACCUUGGUAUAUCAGUGUAAACAUAGAGAACACACUGUUUUCUCUGGCCUGAGAAAUACCUUUUUGCCUGUUUUACUUACUAGCGUUUUUUUUAAAUUGUGCUCCAUUAUUUAUUUUUUUUAAUUUUCUUCUUAUGCGAGUCGAUCUGUGUUCAGAGAAAAGCAGAACUCAUUUAAGGUAAAACAAAGUGAGCCAACAGGUGUGUUUAGCUGCAUUUUCCACUGGCAUUAGCAGCGCUCGAUUGCUUAUCUCUAUCUGCGUUUUGUUUAAGACUCCAUGAGAAUGAGGACACUCAAAAAGGACUUUCCAUUUACAACAAGGUGCCAUAACUGUAUCAACUGCAUCCUACUCUGCACAUUCUGCUGCUACAUGGCACUCUAAAUCACAAACAGUGGACAUGCGCAGCAACAAUUAGCCCGACAUUGUCUCUUUUUUUUCCAACGGUGCUCAGUUUCUUUGAUUUGUGCAAGUACUUUAAAAUCUCAUGGGGAUAUUUGCUGUGAAAAUGUCUCGUGUCGGAUAUGCAUUUUAUUAGAUUUUUUUUUGUGUGAUCUUAAGCUGCUGGUCCUACAAAGCCUUCAGACGUUUGUCAUAUCUUUAUCGUUUUCAUUUAUUUGAACUGGUUAAGGUAUUUCCACAGUACAUGCAGACGGGCGUGCUAACCAUGGGUUAAUCGGGAAAAUCUAAAAAAAAAUGUGUAGUGAAAAAAUAAUACAAAAGUUCAUUUAAAUUUUCAUCAAACUAACAAUAUAACUGUUAGUGCGAAGCCUCUGCAAAGCAGAUGAUCAAACAAGAAACACACGUGCAGGUCAUGUCUAAAUAAAUUAGAAUGUCCUGGUUUCACAAAGAGUGAUAUAUUUCUAUUAGUUGAAAUAAUUAUGGCUUAAAGCAAAUGAAAACCCAAAUAUAUUGAAUUUAACAAAAAUGACAAAAUGGUGUUGUUCUAAACCAGACUCUGGACCGGGGAGAAUCUUCAAGAGCUGCUACACAGUUCUGUAAAUCCCGGCAGAGGAAAAUAAGCUGUGAUUGUUAAAGAUCGACAGCAUGGAGCUGAUUAUAUCCAGGAAGUGCAGCUGAUGAUCACAGAGCAGUGGCAUACAACAGCUGUCACAAACUGGUUUUGUUGGGGACACUAAACAGUGGAAAGUCAGAUCAGUACGUCCCCUCCAAAGAUGGGUAGACCCCUGAAGUUCAUUGGUGUAUUGCUGAGAGCUGUAGAGAGCAGAAUGCUUCCUCAAUGUUUGAUGUUAUGGAAUCAGGAGUCAGAGGCUGAUGCACUGUAUUGAUGUAGAAAUUCACACAUUAGGAGAUCCAUCCAGUUACCCACUACAUGUAAUGCACAGUAUAUGAACAAACUUUUAAACGGGGCCAAAUUUCUGCAUUAAAAAUGUCCAUUCUGUUAAUAUUAUGCAACACAUCAAUUCUGUUUUACUAAACUUUUGGUUUUCAUUUGCUAUAAGGCAUAAUGAUCAAAAUGAACAGACGUAAAUGCUUACAAUGUCUUGAUUUAAUGAAUCGCUCUAUUGCUCUUGUGUUUUGGGUUAAGAUGGAAAUGUGCCUGCACAGAUGUUAUCUAGUGUGGAAAUCACUUAGAAUUGUUUUAACAAAUGUAAAUCCUCAAUCUUGCUACAACAUUACUAUUAUUGUCAACAGAGAUCAAGCAGCAACGGCUAAUCGUUGGCAAUAUCCUUUUGCGUUCUGAGGUAUUCUAAGGUCUAGCUCAAACACAACACUGUUUUCACAUUCUGAUGUGACGGUGAUUGAUCACAGGUGCUUCAGCAGUGGUGUCAAACAGGGGCUCUUCAAUCAGCUAUAGGUGCUACAAGAGAAGCUGACAGAUCCUUCCAAAAAAAAAAAAGAGGACAAACCCCCAUGUCUGGAACUGUAGUUUUCUAGUUCUGGAGGGGAAGUAAGAGGAUGUUGGAAGUCUUGAUUGGAUUCAAAAUCCCAUCGGGAAGGAGCUCUCCCUCCAAAAAUGUCUGGAAGGAGAGUUGAAACCAGUAAAACUGAUGCUGCCGCCAUAAUAAAAAAUAAUGUAUUGCUGUUAAAAGAAAAAUAGGGUUUCUCAGAAUCCCUUUUGUUUUGAUUGAGUGUCACCAUUGACUCCUUUUGGGAGAGCGGCGUUGUGAAUCCGGUGGUGGGAUUUGCAGACACUUUUGAAAACCUGCAGCAGUCAAAGCGGAUACGUGAGUGAUGCAUAUGAAUUUCCUAACUGAGGUGUAGUUAUAUUUUACAGUAUGACAGUUUAAUUGUGGCAUAUUAGAUAAAGUAAAACUGUCCUCAAAAAUAAUGAAAACCAGACUAGUUAAAAUCUAUACAAAUUUCACAUAGCCUGCAUUAGCAGCAAACAUAUAUGUAUACACUGUUUGUACGUGUUUGAUAUUUACACAGCGAAGUUCUUUUAAAAUCCUGUCUGAAGGGCAAGUUGCAUCAGAACUUGUUUUUGGAGUAGUAGUUUUGAGGUUUUGUUUGUCCUGGAUGGCAGGAUUAUGGAUCCAAUUAUUUAUCUCUUAAUACCAAGUUAGAUUUUAACUGAAUAACGAAAGCUGGACAUAAAGUGGCAGCUACAGUAACUGCAGUUACGAUUCAUCAAAUUAAAUAGCAAGGAGGGACGUUUUUCAUUCUUCUUCCUAUUAGAAUGAAAACAAAGGAGAUGAAUCUGUCUCCGAGUGAUUCUCUGUUGUUUUUGUAUAAUCACGAGAAUCAUAUAAAUGUGUAGAAUUGCAUCCGCAUUGGGUGUCUCGUGACGUUGUCAGUUGGUUGACUUUAAAGCUGUAGUCUGUGUUCGUCCUGAUGGAACAACACAGCUUAGGAGUGAAAGAAAAUGACAAACCGAAAUAAUCCAACCGCUUUUCUGUAGUCUCAGCUGUAAUGCUGCUAAAGAAGAAGCCGGAAGGGAGACAGUAAAUGACAUGAAAUCUGACGAUCGGCAGUGAAAACGUCUGCAGUUUAACCAAUAAAGGUUUUAAUAUGAUGUGAGAACAGUUGGUAGAUUUGAGCUGGAGUACUAAUUACUACUUAAAAGAGCCACACUUCAAAAAGCUAUCCCUCUAGAAAUCAUGAAGACUAAAUAUUACUUUUGUAUAAAUUGAGAAAAAUUAAGACAUGAACACAUGGGUAUUAUUAAUUGAUGCUAUGGUUGUUUUCGCCACAUGCCAAGUGAAAUCAAAGGUUUAGAGACCGGCCUGUUCUAAACAAAAGGCUCUGUGUUCCCAAACGUCUUGACAGCCGCUGCGAUUUAAAAAAAAAAAAGAUGAAUUAAUGCGUGUUGAACAUCUGCAGACCUUACAGUAAGGCCUAACCAGUUUGAUCUGGCAUAUUGUCCUGAAGCGCAGCCGUCAAACAUAUUCAGACUGAUCCCAUCGGUCUUUGCAGGAUGCAGACAUUGGUGACCUUUGCCACUCAUCGCUGUGGCAACAGAAAUCUGAGUAUUGAUCAAAAAUGUCCAAGCUCAAUAGCAUACCUAAAUGCAUUUUAGAUUUAUAAUUCAGGCUAAAAAAAAUUUAUUUAAUACUGUGUAAAUAUCUCAAAAGAGCUUACCAUAAUAUAUAUAUAUAUAUAUAUAUAUAUAUAUAUAUAUAUAAUAUAUAUUUUGUAGAGGAAAACAUGAUGCACAUCAGAACUGAGAGUGAGAACUGAGUAGUGUACGGUCUACUUCAGUGACACAGUGUAACAUGGUGUGAUAUCAGUGUCUUUACUGUAUGUGAGUGCUUAAAAAUGAAAUACUAGAAAUUAGCUUAGGAAUUUAAUAUCAAUUUAUUAUCCUAGAGAGAAGACCACACUUGCGUUGGAAGCUAGAUUAAGAGGAUGGUCCUUGUUUUCUAGAAUGUAAAAGUCAAUAUCCUAUUAUUUUUGUACUCAUACGUUGCUUUGUAUUGUAGCAAUGCAGAACUGUACACAGAGUAGAGAAAUAUGUUGUCCAUCUAAGCUCCUGAGGUGUUCAGAAGAGAAGAAAUUGGUGCACCGAACUGUACUGUAUAUCUUUUUGUCUACAAAGAGAUCCUCAUGAAAAAAAUAGACGGUAAAUUUGUUUUUAUAGUGCGUGUGAAUAGCAGAUAUAUCUAAUUAUUUAUGGGCAACAUCUUACCAUAUUGAUCAUUGAUUUUCCAUAAAAAACUUAAGUUUGUUUUGCUUUUUUUUUUAUAUAUAUAAAUAUAUAUAUUUCUUGGCAUGAAUUGUGAUUUAUUUUCCAUUCUAUUGGUGCUCUCCGCCUGUAGAAGCACUGAGAUCCAAAUGCAUUUUGGGACAGCUCCACGUUUAACAAAGGUUUCCGAUGUAAUGUUUGUGUUUGCAGUGAAAGAUGCAGCGCUUCUCGACGCCGACUUGAAUUGAUCCAAGUCUGUCGGUUUAGUUCCAGCCCAGGAGCAUGUGCAAGUUAGCCAACGUUUAUAUCUGCGCCUUUUGCUCGAAAGUGGAGGUGGAGCACCGCAGCAGCUGCUAGAUGCUACACCACGCUCUCAGUUCAGUGCUGUAAAUUGCCAAGAAAAAAAAAAAAAGAGACAACCAUCAACUUCAUUAUAACAACUGGUGCUAUAUAUAUAUAUAUAUAUUUGUGUAUAUAUAUAUAUAUAUAUUAAAAAAAAAAGCGAAAGUAAAAAAAAACAAAAAAACAUCUGUGGUGCUUUAUUAUUUCUAUGUUUUUGUCCUUGCUUCAGACAAAAUGUAGCUACACAAUCCUGUACUGUACUGUAGAUUGCUGAUUGGCCGAUCGAUCGACCCGCUGCGCUCACACGAGGCAGAGGUGUUAGGGUUUUUGACUUUUUUUUUUUUUUUUUUUUUUUUUAUUUGGUGUUUUUUUUCCUCCUACUGUCCUUUCAGGGAAUUCCAAGAUCCAAUUAGACAAACUUCUUGGAGGGGCAGAUUUUUAAAGCAACUAACUUUGAUAGAUCGUUGAUUUGAAUUGACUUUUUAUUUUUGGUCAGCGCUUCUACAUCAGCCACAUGGAUGGGUGCAAAUAGUAUCUACACAUUGUCUUUGGUGCUCAGCGUAACGUUCACAUUCGACUUUUGAUAUUUUAACCAUUAAAAAUCCCUGAAGAGGCUUUCAAACAUGUCAAAGGAGGUUUGAGUUUCCGUGCCGGCGUCGUCACCCGGCUCGUUCUGGGUCGCGUUGGAAAGUUCUCGCGAAACCAAACUUCUCCGAAGCCCACAGAUAGAUGAACCGCAAGUGGUGAAAACGGUGUUUUGAUACCGGAGAAAAACAUCAGUUCUCUGAUUCAAAUCUUUGUUGUUACUGCCUUGUUACAAAAAAAAAAACACAAAAAGAUUAAAUUUAUCCAGAAAAUGAUUGUUUUUUUUAUUUUUAUGAUUAUAAAAUGCAAUACAAGAGGAAGAAGAACAAACUAAACUCAUAUCUUCUAAUUGUUCUGUCUUCCUAAGAUGAGUUGACUUGUAUUUAAAACAUAACUAACAUUAUUUUUUCAUUAUAGGCAUAGACAACUCUGUACCUCAAAAUAUCUCUAUGAAAAUCUGAAGUCCUACAUGUGUACCUUGUGCAUUUAUUUUAUUUUAUUUUUUCCACCAUUACAAAGUCCAUCCUCAUGACGCUUUUUAUAUUGGUUUGCACAAACACUAAUAGGAAUGUAUGGCUACUGUGAUUCCUGCUCACCCUCCCACCCCUCCCUAAACAGCGAAAGCAACUGAAUUCAGCAGUUUUUUGUAUUUGAAACGUCUUGGUAUGCUUGUUGUAGUUGUAUAUUCAGAAUGGUGUAUAUUACAUCGGUUUUUAUUUAAUAAAAUGUUUAAAUUUUCUAACAA